UUCUCAGCCCUUUCUCUCCAGAACCGGUCUCCUUCCCGAAGGUGUGAAAGGCUCUUUCAGCCUCCCCCCUUCCCCCCUCCUCCGCCGUCCCCUCCCCCGCUCGCUCGGGUGCCCCUUUGGAGGAGUCCUUUCCCUCUCCUCCUCCCUCAUCCCCCCACCCCCCAUCAUCAUCAUAACAACCAUCUCCGCACCAGAAGAAGACACCCUGACCCAGGACCUUAAACGCUAGGGCCUGGGGAAGAGGAAAAGGGAAGGAGGAAAGAGAAAGGAAGACUUAGGACCGCACUGCAAAGCAAAGCACCAGAAACUUUCCACCCUGGAUUCUCUACUUUUGCUCCAUGGACAGAGCCCCAGCCAGCCAAGUUUCAGACAGACCGUGAGCAGUCCCUGCGCGUUUUAUUGCGACCUGCCGGUGGGAACUUUGUCUCCGAGUCGGAGCAGCAUGGAGCGGCGGAGCGAGAGCCCGUGUCUGCGGGACAGCCCCGACCGGCGCAGCGGCAGCCCCGACGUCAAGGGGCCUCCCCCGGUGAAGGUGGCCCGGCUGGAGCAGAACGGCAGCCCCAUGGGAGCCCGCGGGAGGCCCAACGGCGCCGUGGCCAAGGCCGUGGGAGGUUUGAUGAUUCCUGUCUUUUGUGUGGUGGAGCAGUUGGACGGCUCUCUCGAAUAUGACAACAGAGAAGAACAUGCUGAGUUCGUCUUGGUGAGAAAAGAUGUGCUUUUUAGCCAGCUGGUGGAGACGGCGCUCUUGGCCCUGGGGUAUUCCCACAGCUCUGCAGCUCAGGCCCAAGGAAUAAUCAAACUGGGGCGGUGGAACCCGCUCCCACUCAGCUAUGUGACAGAUGCACCUGAUGCGACAGUGGCUGACAUGCUACAAGAUGUCUAUCAUGUUGUGACGUUGAAAAUCCAAUUACAAAGUUGUUCAAAGUUGGAAGACUUGCCUGCGGAGCAGUGGAACCACGCCACAGUCCGCAAUGCCUUAAAGGAGCUGCUCAAAGAGAUGAACCAGAGCACAUUAGCCAAAGAAUGCCCUCUCUCCCAGAGUAUGAUUUCAUCCAUUGUAAAUAGUACAUAUUAUGCCAAUGUGUCAGCAACCAAGUGCCAGGAGUUUGGAAGAUGGUAUAAAAAGUAUAAGAAGAUUAAAGUGGAAAGAGUGGAACGAGAAAACCUUUCAGACUAUUGUGUUCUGGGCCAGCGUCCAAUGCAUUUACCAAAUAUGAACCAGCUGGCAUCCCUGGGGAAAACCAACGAACAGUCUCCUCAUAGCCAAAUCCACCACAGUACUCCGAUCCGAAACCAAGUGCCCGCAUUACAGCCCAUCAUGAGCCCUGGUCUUCUUUCUCCCCAGCUCAGCCCACAACUUGUCAGGCAGCAAAUAGCUAUGGCCCAUCUGAUUAACCAACAGAUUGCUGUUAGUCGGCUCCUGGCUCACCAGCAUCCUCAAGCCAUCAACCAGCAGUUCCUGAACCAUCCUCCCAUUCCCAGGGCAGUUAAGCCAGAGCCAACCAACUCUUCUGUGGAAGUGUCUCCAGAUAUCUACCAGCAAGUCAGAGAUGAGCUGAAGAGGGCCAGUGUAUCUCAAGCUGUCUUUGCAAGAGUGGCAUUCAACCGCACACAGGGACUGUUGUCCGAGAUUCUGCGUAAGGAAGAAGACCCCAGGACGGCUUCUCAGUCCCUCUUAGUAAACCUGAGGGCCAUGCAGAACUUCCUCAACCUGCCGGAAGUGGAGCGGGAUCGCAUUUACCAGGACGAGCGGGAGCGGAGCAUGAACCCCAAUGUGAGCAUGGUGUCAUCGGCCUCCAGCAGUCCCAGCUCCUCCCGAACCCCUCAGGCCAAAACCUCGACACCGACAACAGACCUCCCUAUUAAGGUGGACGGCGCCAACGUCAACAUCACAGCUGCCAUUUACGAUGAGAUCCAACAGGAGAUGAAAAGGGCCAAGGUGUCUCAAGCUCUGUUUGCCAAAGUGGCUGCAAAUAAAAGUCAGGGCUGGCUCUGCGAACUGCUCCGCUGGAAGGAGAACCCAAGUCCAGAAAAUCGCACCUUGUGGGAGAACCUCUGUACCAUCCGCCGCUUCCUGAACCUGCCCCAGCAUGAGAGAGAUGUCAUCUAUGAGGAGGAAUCACGACAUCACCACAGUGAGCGCAUGCAGCAUGUGGUCCAACUCCCUCCUGAGCCAGUACAGGUCCUUCAUAGACAGCAGUCUCAGCCGACUAAGGAGAGCUCCCCUCCCAGAGAAGAAGCCCCCCCACCGCCUCCCCAGACCGAAGAUAGUUGUGCCAAAAAGCCUCGGUCUCGCACAAAGAUCUCUUUAGAAGCCCUGGGGAUCCUCCAAAGCUUCAUCCACGAUGUGGGCCUCUACCCCGACCAGGAAGCCAUCCACACGCUCUCGGCCCAGCUGGAUCUGCCCAAGCACACCAUCAUCAAGUUCUUCCAGAACCAGAGGUACCAUGUGAAGCACCACGGGAAGCUGAAGGAGCACCUGGGGUCCGCGGUGGACGUGGCCGAGUACAAGGACGAGGAGCUGCUGACUGAGUCCGAGGAGAACGACAGCGAGGAAGGCUCCGAGGAGAUGUACAAAGUGGAAGCAGAGGAGGAAAACGCCGAGAAGAGCAAGGCGGCGCCCGCCGAAGUCGACCAGAGAUAAUGUGAACUCCUACCCGGCAAAGCAAUACAUCAGUCCAAGGAUCUUCUGUUUUAGUUUCUUUAAAAAAAAAAAUCUUUUUUGGCUUUAUUAUUAUUUUUUUUAUCGUCUGUUUUAUUUUCUUACCCUUUCUGACAUUCCUUUGUUGCACAGGAUACGCCUAUAGACUAAAUCAGUUCAGUAUUUCUGAAUCAGAUGUCGCCUUGGCAAAGACACUUAAGUGUUACACUUUUACAACUGACUGGACCAUAGUCAUUCUAGUCACAGGAGACUCUGCCUUCACUCUCCUUGCACUUAUGGAAGAGAUACCAGGCAAGUUCCAGGAUGGAAAGACCCACAAAAUAAUGAAGGAAGCUACAAGUGUGUGUGUAUAUGUAUAUGUACAUAUCUCUAUAUUUACAUAUAUAUAUUAAAAUUGCAUGGGACAGAGAACUUUACAGUCUGAAAGAGCAGACAGUGAAAUGAGUUCUUAAAGAAAAGACUUGCUUAUGUAUUAAAAAAAAAAAACCACUUCCCAGUGAGUCACUUGGCUUUUUGAUAAACUGCAGCCUGCUCUCAGGGUGGGGUGACUAUUUUUGAAUUUCUAUUUAUUUUUUUUUGUGUUUGUCCCUGAUUCUAUUUUUUUUUUAAUUCUAUAGCUUCCUAUCUGGCAGCUUAAUGGGUAAUUUUUGAGGUAUGUAUUUAAUAAAAUGAAUCAACACUGCCAAAAAAAAAAGUGAGGAAAAAAACUAGAAGAAAGUAAAGUGGAAAAAAAAAAAUCAGGGCACAUUACAACAAGUCAAAUUAUUCCUAAAGAAACAAGACACACUUAAAAUGACUCAACAAAAUGACUCAAUACAUUCCGUUACUCAAUUUGUCAUUGCUGUAGUGAACAGGUAUGUUUCUGUGGAAUUCCAAAUAGGUAAAGUUGAAAUAUAGUGCCAAGAAAACUGGUCUAUUAGUGCAGUCUCAAUAAAUGACAUUAUGAUGUUGGACUUAUGAAAUUCAUGCUAUGAGCCACAUUUUGUUGUGAAAUUUAUUUACCUGCUUGUGGCUCCACUUCUUAAAAUUAUUAAGCCUGCUCAUUUAAAAGUUGUUUGUUGUUGCUGUUUUUUUUUUUUUUUUAAUAGAAAAUAGUUCAAUGUAAUGUUAAGUUAGAAAAGAAGUUGCGGCCCAGUUAGAGGGGCUCCCGCUCAGAUAAAUCUCCACCCAUCCCUCUCCGAGCAUUUGUUACUUCUCUUUCACAUUGGACUUCGUCUUCUUACACAUUCCAUCCACCUUCACUGGGCCUUUAGUCCCUAAUCUCAAAAAACUAGUCCCUUUCCUGGAAUGGUGGCCCCAGCAGGAACCUGGUUUGGGAUCACUGCAGCUCCAGGCAAGAGAGUAAGUGAAGCGAUUCGAGUAGAGUCACCUACUCCUAGGAAAGGAAACAUUGUCCCAGUUACCCACAUAGCAGUGACCUUACGUAAGGCAGAACUAAUGCUGCCUGGCUGUUUCAUGGAACGAGCAUUAAAGCUGCAACCUACCGUAGUUCUCCAAAUCUCCUUCAGCUUUCUGUCAGAAACACCAGUAGCAUUACUUUCCACUGACAGCAGUUGCAAAACAGGAGACCUCCCCUUCAGGACUGGUUUCCCAAAGCUUCCUCCAGGGUCUGAGGUGGCCACUCAGCACUCCCACAUGGUUGGAUUUAUUAUUAUUAUUAUUAUUAUUAUUAUUUGAGUUGUGUUCUCAUGUAACCUUGUCAACAACCUCAUGCAAUAUCACUUUGAAAGUUAUUUUCUGUUUACUACAAAACAUUGUAAUAUAACUGUUAAUACUAUUUAUAUAUUUGAAAGGUAUAAAAGGUAGGAGUUAAAAAAAUUAAAAAAAAAAACCUCUAUGUGUAGAUAUUAACUCAGAACUUACACUAUACAGGGAGAAGACACGUUGCAAUACAAGCUAAUUCUAGCUGCUCGGUAACCUCUGGAGUUUUUAAAGGGACAUUUUCCUGUACUUUUUCAAAUAAUGAUGGUUAAAAAAAUUCCCUUGACAUGAGUGUCAUGUAUCUUUGCAAAAGGAUGGCUGUUUGCAGUUAAGUCCCGGGCCGGUCCUUCCUGGUUCUGUAGUAUGCUGCAGCACUGAGCAGAAAGUCCACGGCUGCAGCUUCUGAUCUCCGAGUUACUCUUCCCAAAUCGUCUUCUGACACUGUUGCUGAAGGUCACUGUACACAUCCUAGACACCGAUUUUGCCAAGCUCUUACAGGUGGUUCAUCGACUGAUGACAUCCGCAUUUGGUAUCUUUUACACUUCAACCAAAAAUUUAUUAGGUAUUUUUCAAUGCUAAGUCUUGCCUUUUAUUUUUUAAUUUCACUGCCAAGUUUGCAGUGGUUCUAAGUGAAUCUGUGGGCAUUUUAGCCUGUGGUCUUGCCAGAUCUUUGCGAAUUACAAUGCAUAUAUGUCUAUUUAUUCAAUAUCUGUCAUAUAAUAUCUAUUUGGAAGAAGAAACUUUCUCUUGUAGUGCCUCUUGACAAAGCACAAUUUCCCGCCUUUUUUUUGUGAAAUGAAAAAAAAAAAAACAAAUUGUGUUUUAUUGCAGUAUCAACAAUGUGAAUAAGGAUUAACAUAUUGUAAAUGUCCUUUUUUCCAUGUAAAUCAACCAUCUUUGUUAUCACUAAGUGAUAAUUAAUUUUUAACUUAUGUGCAUUGUUAGGCUGUCAGAAUUUUUUGGUUGUUAAAAUAAAACGCAUUCAAUAAAUCUGACUUUGUUUGUCAAGAA